CAGGGAGGGGACAAGUCCCAGUGGUGGAUGACUCUUGUGGAGUAUUGUAAAGGGAGCAGGAUCUGCCUCUUUCUUCACCCACUUCUUCAGAUGUAAUAGCAGCAGGUAAGGGCAUGCUUCUUGCUUUGCUCUUGGCUCUGCCCUGCCUUGCAGGCAGCAGAGGAGAGAGCAUUUCUCCUCAGAAGGCCUCUAUAGGGAGCAGCUGAGCCACAGGGCUGCAAGGCCUCGACUAAAUGGAGUCCCCUUCUGCCCAGGGCUGGGCACCUUGCUUCCUUUUCCUUCUUUCUCUGCCACUGCAGCAUUUGAAGGCUGUACCGUCCUAGUGUGGGAGGGAAAGAAAGGAGGGAGCUCCACUACCUUUCCUGUUGUGUCCACACACACAGAGAUCUGGACAGAUAGUAUAUCCCUUGGACAGAGAGGGACACCUUUCUGUGUCAGGAUGGUGUGCCUGCAGUGCAGGAGCAGAAUAACUUGAGCAAUUCCCGAUUUGCAAAGCUACCAGUGGUGGAUGGAGAAAGGGGUGUCAUGCUGCUUUAGUGUUGAAUAAUGCUGGAAGGAGUCUGACUCAUCAGUCCCUAAAGUUAAACAUCCUGAAUAGUGAUAUGAAGAUGUGAUAGAACUGGCAAAGAACCAAAUAAAGGAAGCAGAAAGUGAUACUGUUGAUAACAUAUCUAAAGCUGCUGAGUUGACACAGCUGACAUGCAGCUGACAGUCAGUCAAGUUAUACUGUAAAAGCCUGCUCCCCAUUUCUAAGGGCACGGGCUUCUGCCACCCUCCUUCCCAGAGUGUGUGUGGAGAUUGCUCCCUUGGAUGGGGACACCCCUCUCUUGACACUAAGCCAGAGAGAUUUGUCCAUGGUUACUUGUAUGGGUGAGUAACUUUAAGGUCUACUUUGAAAUUGGUUUUGCUAGCUCUAAUGUAAUGAACACUGCUUCAAAAUAGUGCAUCAUAGAAAUCGUUGCAGCUUCUAAUCUAUAGGAAAUAAUUCUUAACAAGAUUUUUUGUCUAAUUACCAUAAUGAAUUAUUUUCUUUUAUAUAAAUGUAUCUGAUUUGCCAUCCUCAAUCCUGUGGUAAUACAUUGUACAAAGAUUCUAUUACACCUGUAUAAUCCUUUAGAAAUAAUCCAUUGACAAAACUGAAGUCAAAGUUGGAUCCAGCUGUGCCCAAACCCUUCAGUGGGCAGGAUUCUAGAAUGCAAGAGAGACCUUUCUGAACCUUGUGAUUCAGUGGGACGCCUUCUUUCACAAACAUUGUCUGAAGUUCCCAUUCUGCCUGUGACACUCUCCCAGACAGAUACCCUCACAAUCCCAUGUUCCCCAACUCCUCCCCAAGGCAGGAGCAGAUGUGUGGGCCAGUUCCAUGCCCACAGCUGGGCUUCCUCUGGAUCCCAUGAGAGAUUAGGGAUACCAGCUGGAGGACUCCCCCCUUCCAGCAGGGGCAGGGGAGUGCUGGCAUGGUUGUACCUGAAAACUGACACUGCAUAAUGAAGCUGAAGGUGGGGUAGCUCUUGCCUGCUGGGGUCCUUUGAGGACUGGCACCAGGAUCUGCUUUUUGGUGGCUGCCACCAUGGUGUGGCAGGAGCCCAGAAAGGUCACAGAAUGUGUUCAGGGCCAAAAGGGUCACAUAACAGCCCAACUCAUUUCUCCAGAGGCCCUGCAGGUGACCCUGGGGCUUGUGAGAGUGGCUGAGUCAGUGCUGAGACGCAGUCCCACUUUCAACCUCCCUAAGCAGCAGGAUGUGUGUCCCAUGGCACAGCUCUGGGCAGGGCAGCAGAGCUGGAGGUACUGGGUGCCCCCCUAUAGAAGGGGUAGGUGACACACACAUAGUAACCCCUUGGAAGCACAGCCAGAGCUGGCAACCUCUGUGGUCAUGGCACACCAUGGUAUAGGGGACAAUACACCCAGAGCAUGCAGCCCCUCAGGCCCAGACUCUGCGUGCUGGGGUGGCACAGCCCAGAGAAAACAGACACCACAGGGGUGGCACAGCCAGGGAGUGCAGCUCCUCUCUCCCCACCCUACACCCAGGACAGCCCAGGUGGCUCAGCACUGCCAGGCUCUGCCCAGGGCUGUCCUCACCUCCCUGGAUGCAGCAUCACUGGGCACCAGCAGGGCCAGGGCGAGCAGCAGCAGCAUCCCAGGGUGCCUAUGGCAGUGGUGGCUGUGUGUGGUGCUGGGCUUUGCUCCUUUUAUACCAGAGGGGUUUGAGCCUCAUGCCAAGGGAUGCCCAAGAGGUAGGAGAGCCUUGAUCCCUCUGGACAGUAAUGGAGUCUGAGGGGGACACUGAGGGAGGUGGCAGGGAGCACAGCCAGGACAGCAGGUCAGAAGAGUAUUAAAGAUACCACAAGAAGAGUAGGGGUGGUUAGAGGACACCACAAGAAAUGCACUGGAUCUCUGUGACACCACAGAAAGGGUGGGGGAGUUCUAGGGACACCCCAAGGAGGGUUAUUAUCUUUCUGGCCAUGACAGGUUUUUGGUGCCAAAUUGCAUCCUUCAUACUCAAUAGUUAUCAGCUGGGAAGCAGCCUGUCCUCCCCUCUGGGACCAUUCUUCAGCAGAUCACCAUGCUGCUCCAGUGCUGACUGUCACUGACAAAUGGCCUUCUUUUGCUCCCAGGGGAGAAUCUCUGGGCAGAGGAAUAAUGUUAUAUGGCAAGAGAAAGCUCCCAGGCGUGGUCCCCCAUCACCUGCUGGUGUCUUCCCAUGUCAGAGCCCACAGCCAAGGGAGAGAGACAAAGACACACAGAAGCUCUCCCAGAGGGUCAGUGUGGCACCAGAAGGCUGGUGCAUCUCACCUGAGCUGCUUGCCUCCAUUUAUCUUGGAUCAAAGACAUUCUGUGAAUAUCAGCCAUCACCAACACCUCUGAUGGCUGGUAAAUUUGGGAGCACCCAUACUGCACAAUUCACUGGCCACAGCUGCCACCCACCUGGCAGCAAUAAAAAGAGAAGGAGCAGGACAGAAACACAGUAUGUGUAAGGCUUUGCUAAUCAAACCUUGCUAAAUUAGGGAACACAGCCAAAAGACCACUGACACUUGCUGAAGUUAGAUUAUGUUUUAAAUAACCACAAACAUCCCGUAUGUGCCCAGUUUGUGGAUGCUAGCAAAGAAGACAGGAAAAAGUCAACCAAUGGCUAAGAGAGGAAGACCACGGCCUGCCCACCACCAGGAGCCAGGAGAAGACCCCCCAGCAACUGGCUGCGCAGACGCAGAAAGAACCUGAGAAGAUGCUGAAAGGCACGAGCACGGAAGAGGAUGAGAAUAAAAGACGGACUGACACGGAGUGGGAUAAAUUUAUAAGAGAACCAUCAUCAGGGACCUGCAAGGAGCACAUCCCCACCUACCUCAGCUGUCCGUGUGCUGCAGAGAUGGUGCGAGCAACUCCCUUCCUCCUCGUGCUCUUCCUGGCCCCGGGGGCUCCCGGCCUCUCCGUGACAAAGUGCACCCUGACCGGAGAUUGGAAGAAUGACCUGGGCUCCAACAUGAGCAUUUCUGAAGUAAAAGAAAAUGGUGAUUUCACUGGCACCUACAAAACAUCUGUGUCAGCCCACCCGAAUAAGAUCAUUCCUUCACCACUGCUGGGGUCCCAGCACCUCCCUGAUCAGCUGAAGCAGCCCACCUUUGGCUUCACUGUCCACUGGAACUUCACAAAAACUGUCAGUGUUUUCACGGGCCAGUGCUUUGUGGAUGGUGAAGGAAAGGAGGUUUUGAAGACCAUGUGGCUGUGGAGGUCACACGACAACAAAAUCAAAGAUAACUGGAACGCCACCGUGGUUGGCUACAACAUAUUUGAGCGCCUGGAAACACACAUGGAUGGAGGGUGGUAGCAUUGGAGCUCCCAGAGAAGAGGCAGUGCCAGACUUGUAGCCCUCGCUCCUGCCUCAGCCCCUGCUUCUCCCAAUAAAGCUUUGCUGCAAGCA